AUGGCCUCAAACGUUGAGGCCUUCUUGGAAGGGGACUACAGGAAGCACAACGACAACUUCGGACAUGUGCUGACGACUGACAUCAUCCCUCCUGCCCUCUCCCACUUCUCCUGGAAGAUUUCAAGCGGGCGGCUCAUGCUUUGCGAUAUACAGGGUGUGGACUGCACUUACACUGAUGCGCAGAUCCAUUCCAACCUCACAUCAAUGAACUUUGGCAGAGGUGAUUACGGGGAGGUUGGCAUGAAGAAAUUCUUUGAGAACCACGAAUGCAACGAGAUCUGCAAGAUGCUAAAGUUGGACCAAGGAGAACGUUUUUCUCAUCCAAGCUUUUUCUCUUCGGGGGAGGGCUUACAAGCAGCUUUUGAAAGGAUUGUGUUGCGGGGAGUAGAUCUGUUUGUGAAGUUCUAG